AUGUCGAAAUAAACACCUUUAUAAUCUGAUCCAGAUUCAUUAGUGUACUUUAUUGUUAUAGUUUAUUAUAGAGAGGCAUAUGAAUAAUUGAAUAGCAAGAUUUCGAAUAAUAAUUAUGAUUUAGUUGAUCAAAUUGGUUAGAUUUGUUAAAGUAUUAUGUGGGGAGACAAGAACAAUGACACAUUUUUUGAGUAAAUUAUCAUGUUAAAUACUAUAUAGUUACUUUUGUGAUUAAAAGACGAUGUAAUUGUAUUUAGAUUUAGUGAAUACUGGAUAAAGGGAAGUUGUAGUAGCAGUGAUUAAAACAAUUACAAUGCUAUUGCAAAACAUUCAAAGACCAGUUAGCAUAAAUUACAUAUUAAGUCAUAGUGCAUUGAAUGGGAUAAUUACAGCAGAUUAUAACUUUAGAGAUGAUGAAAUCAUAGCUUAUUAUAUAAAUUUGUUGAAAUGUGUUUCAAUUAGGAUUGAUGAGUAGAGUUUAUAAUUGUUCUAUAAUUUGGUAUGUAAUUCUAAUCUCCAUAGAAAUUCAGCACAUUUCCAAUGUUGAUGAAGGCUAUAUGUUUCUACAAACAUAAAGAAAAUUUAAUUAGAACAAGUGUAAGAAAUAUAGUUUUAGGAAUUACUAAAAUAAAUUUACCUUAAUUGCGUAGAUAUGUUAAAUCUUUUCCAUUCACAUUAUUUUAUGUUUAAUUUAGUUGUUACAUGAGAGAUGCAUUAUUUUAUAUAGGAGGUUUAAUUUAAGAGGGAAGAUAAGAAUCUCAUAAGAUAAUAAAAUUGUUAUUAGAUGAUCAAUUGGAUAUUUUGUACUUUUUGGAAGAUCUCUUAAAAACAAAUGUAGAUGCAUUACCAAUAAUUGUGAAUUCAAUUAUGGUCUAUGGAUUCAUUCCAACAAUAAUAAUGGGAGUUAUUAAAAGUGGUUAAUAAUCAAUAAAAUUAAAUCAAUAACCUUAAAGAUAAUCGAUGAAUUAUUAAUAAUCUUAGAAAUAUCAACAUAAUAGAGGAUAAUCAUUAGGUAAUUUUACAUUUACGAGUAUAUUUACAUCAUCAUAAUAGAAUACAAAUUAAUAAAAUUAAUAGGUUAUUGAUAUUAAAUUUUGUCUUUUCAUUUUAAUCUAAAUUUAUAAGAGUUUCAGUUUUAGUUAAUUAUUGGAUUUAUUAACUCUUUUUAUAUUAGGAAAGAAUCCAGACAUUGUAGAUUUCAUAAAUUAAUUAAGUAAGUUUAAAUUAUGAUUAGAUUCUAAUUCCAAAUUGAAUUCUUAUGAAAAAGAUGUUAGUAUGAGUGAGACUUGGAUAAUAAAAGAGAAAACAUUCAUACAGGCAUAUUCUUAAUUUAUAUACAAAGAUUGUGAAAUAAGAGAAGAUAUUAAUAUAAAUGAUAAGGAGAAUCUAUUAAAAGGGAUUUCAUCAUAUGAAACAUAAUCUAUAAAGAGAGAAUGUAUUUGUAUAUAUUAUUAAAAAAGUACAUUGUGAACAUUUUAAAGCAUUAAUAAAUGAUCCAAAAAGAUAUGAUGAUUUUCUUAGUAUUACUGAUAUGUGUGAUAUAUCAAUAAUAAAAUCAUAAACUAAAAGUAAAACAUCAGCUUUGAAUUUUUUGGAGAAAAACGAAUAGAAUAAAAUGAACGGAAAUACAAUCAAUCAUAAAACACCAUUUUAUUCAUUAAUGAAACAUUUAGAAAGUAAUGAUGAUACUGUAGUAUUUAUGGUACUUUUAUUUAUUAAAACUUUACGACAUUCAAAAAAUAUAUCUCAUUCAGUUUUAGAAUAAGUUGGAAUGAUAACUCCAGAUAAAAAUAUAUAAUUAUAUAAAAAUUGCUCAGAAACUUAGUAUUUUAUGCAAGAUAAACUCCUAUUUAUUUUAGAAACAGGAUUACCUCCUUAUAGAUUGGGAACAUAUAUUUUAUCAAUUUAGAUGUUGAUUGAUUUUUGUAGAACAGAUCUUGAGAGUUAUGAAUUACGUUAUAAAGAUAGAUUUAGAAAUAUUGUAUUAAAUCAUAUCCAUAAAAUAAAUGAAUAUAUAAAGAAUCCUUUAGAAAUGCAUUAUGUGAUAGAAUUCUUUUAUACAGAUUACAAAGUAUUGAAGUAAUGAAAGACAAAAUAUAAUAGCAAGACAUCAAUUUCGAUUUGGCCAUAAACACAUAUACAGUUAUUAUAUGAGAUGACUCCUAAAGGUGUUUGUUAAAUUGAUAUUAAACAUAAUGAGAGUAUUUAUUUUAUGGAACCAGCUAACCAAAAAGAUAAAGUUAGAAAAGACAUGUUGAUUUUGUUGAUUUUGAAAUAUACAACAUCAGUCUUUUAUGAAUUGAAAGAACAAGAAUAAUAAAUACUUGACAAUCCUAAACCAUUUGGGGAUGGUCCUACUUUCAAAUAUGUAUAAGGAAAUGUUUAUAAUUUAUAAGAAGAACCAUAUAGUUAAUUUAUUUAACAUUAAUGUAAGUAUUAAAACAUUGAUGCUUGUGUUUUAGAAGAUUCUAACUGUUUAGUAUUAAUGGAUCUAGUGAAAGGGUAAAAUUCUGCUAAAUGCAUCUUUUCAUAUAAUUUGAAAUAUACUGAUGAAAUGGUUGAAAGACUUAAUUUGAAAAUACUUCAUGUGACUUAUAGAUUUGAGAAUCAGACUAAUGUUUUUGACUUGGAAUUUCUAAAUAAAUAAGCUUGUUAAACUGCAAAAAAAGUGAUAGAGUAAAAAAAAUUGGCUUUGAGAAAGGACGAAUUGGAUACUAUUACAACAUAUUUAUAGGCACUCACAAAUACGUUGAAUUAUAAUAAAUGA